CCAUAUUAGUCUGCCAUUUUAGUUUAGCUUGUGAAUAAGUGGAUUGGAUGUUAAGAGAAUAGUUUUCUGCGUGUUAAAAACUUGAUUUGCAUUGAAAGUAGGAAUUAAAAAAAAUUAUCUGGUGUUGACUGGACGGUUACGUUUGCUUGCAAGUUUUAACAUGCCAAAACCACAAUAUUUUCAAAGCAAACAAUGGAAUAGAGAAGAACGCGACUAUCGUGGUGGUGACAGCAGACGGGUAACGUUUAAGCCUGGUCGUCAGGGUGGAAAUCAGUAUAGUAGGAACCAUUGGGGCAAUGCUUUACGAGAACACUUAGAAGAUGAAGAUAUUGAUAUGGGCAUUAGUUCCGGCGCUCGUCACCGUUUUAGGAGUGGCAAGAAAAAGGGAAGAAAAGGAUCUCCGGGGCCAGCCCAAUUUAGAAAGUUGUUGGAAGCACCAUCAGGGUGGUAUAAAGUUAUGAUACCAUACGGGGAGAAAUAUGAAAAAAGUUUUCUUCAGAGGCUCUUGUUGGAAAAUGUUUCACCAUUCCCAUUUAUGCCUAUGGCAUGGCAGACAAAUGGCAAUACAAGCAUUUUUUAUGUUGAUGAUUUUAAACUGGCAGAGAAAUUAUUAAGUUUAGAUAAAAAAGUGCAGCUUCCAAAUGGUUUUAAAUUGUUUGUGAGGGUUCAUCCAAGUAGCCCCAAUGUAGAUAUGACCGACGUGGUUAAAGAACGAAUGAAACAGGUUAUGGCAAAAAGAUACAAUGCAGAAACAAAGGCAUUGGAUUUGACCAAAUUUCAUGCUGACCCAGAUUUUCAAGAUUUGUUCUGCCCUCUUUUUAAACCCAUUGUGUUUUUUGCUGUUAUUGAUAUCAUAUCGGAAAACAUACCUGAUUUGGAAGCAUUAAAUUUAACUGACAAUAGGAUAAUGGCAUUGGGCUUUUUGAAGAAGUUGCCUAUGAAGAUUCGCAAUUUAAAAAUUCUAUAUAUUGGUAAUAAUAAGCUAAGAGAUAUUUCACAGUUGGAUGCCCUCAUUGGUUUACCUUUAAUUGAACUUGUAUUAGACGGAAAUCCUCUGUGCGAUAGGUUCAAGGAACAAACUAUCUACAUAAGUGAAGUUAGGAAGCGAUUCCCCCGAUGUUUGAAGUUGGAUGGCAUAGAGUUACCUCCCCCAAUAAGCUUCGACAUAGCGGAAGAGACGCAUCUCCCUGAUCCUUGUCAGAAAUUUCUCUGUAACAAGGAAGGCGAGCCGAUUGUAUGCCGUUUUCUUGAAGAAUAUUUUCGUAUCUACGACUCGGAAAAUCGGCAACCCUUGCUCAACGCCUACCAUGAGCACGCCAUGUUCUCGUUCACUACCGCCUAUCCAUAUGGACUCGGUAAAGAUAAAAAUGUCGCAUGGCUGAGUUGGUAUAAUACCGAGAAUAGGAAUUUGGUCAAAGUGCAAGAUCGCGACAGGCGGUUCAAAUUGCUUAAACAAGGACAGCUCAGUGUUGUUUCCUUUAUUCAGGAUAUGCCUAACACUAAGCACGACAUACACAGUUUCACAUUCGCCCUCACAUUUUUUACGCCGCAAAUGAUAUGUCUGACAGUAACGGGCAUAUUUAGGGAACUUAAAACCGGUCAUAAAAUACCUCCUACAAGAUACUUUUUCCGAACGUUAGUGAUAGUUCCCGCUGGUAGUGGGAUAUGCAUAGCAAAUGAGCAACUCCACGUGACUAACGCGACUUCCGAACAAGCGCAGGAAGCGUUCAAGGGACCUUCGAUAGUACCGGCUCCCGUGCCAGGCACUUCAGCUCCUCCCUCUACUCCGGAGGCGGUUGUGCCAGUGCCGGUCGCGGCGCCCGUGCUCUCCGACGCAGCAAAAAAAGAAUUGAUCGAGCAGAUCGCCUUGAAAACGGGAAUGAAUUUGGAAUAUUCUAUUCAAUGCUUGGAGGGAAACGAAUGGGACCUUUUCCGGGCCUUCGCCGCCUUCGAAACACUUAAGAGUCAGGGAUCCAUCCCACCUCAGGCUUUUGUAAAAUGAUAUAUGGAUUUUGCGCAAAGCAAUAGUUCUUGUAGUUUUGGUUAAUUUAUUCUGGUUGUAAAUGUUGUUAUCGGUUACAUAUUUAGUAUGCCAAUCGAUUGCACUGAUGCCUGUAUAUAGAUAGAUAUAUAUAUAUAUGGUGUAUAUAAUAUGAUGGUUACUAUGUACAUUUUAACAUUUUCUGUUGAUGAAAGUUGGAGUAAUAUAGCUUUAUCAAGGAAGGAAUUAAUUGGUUGCUAUACUGCUUUUUGCUACGGUUUGAAAAUUUUACAUUAUUCCAACAUUCAGAUUAUCUGAAAUUAUGUACAGAGAUGGUUGUUCCUCUUGGAAUGCGAUAAGGUAUGGGAAGGAAAAAGGAAAAGUUACCCUAGAAAAAUUUUCUUUCCUAAAAUUAUUCGAACUGAUUAUGAAGAAUAAUUUUUUAAGUUUUUUUCUUUUCUCUUCUCGUCUCCUUAGUUGAUCCAAUUGAAUUUUUGUUCUUUGCUUUGUAUAUUUUCUAUUCCAUCUUUUUCAACAAUGUUUUAAUUUUUUUUAUAUAUAUAAUAAAAGAAAUGUG